AUGGCGAAAUCGUACGUAUUUGAUGUCAAGAUGACUUGUGGAGGAUGCUCCGGGGCCGUCAAUCGAGCGCUCAGCAAAGUCGAGGGAAUUUCCUCUUAUGAAGUCGAUCUCGAAAAGCAAUCCGUUGUUGUUCAUCCGAGCACGGCAACGUAUGACGAAGUGUACGAGAAGAUCAAGAAGACGGGCAAAGAGAUUCGUAGCGGAAAGGAAGUCGAUUCGGAGACAGACGAGACGACGAGCUCGGUCCCGGCCCCGGCCCCAGUCGCGGUCUAG